AUGUAUAAAAUAGCUCCCAGAAUAUCACAGUUGACUGUUCGGCAAGUUGAGCAGUUUCGUUCUGCGUCGGCGUGGGUGAAUCCAUCACGAUCUAGGACAGAGUCUGGUCCAGAGGCUUCGAUUGAUGCAGAAAAACUGUUCAUUAAUCCUGAAGUCCAGCAACUUCUUGUAGAAUUAACUGGUAUGGACCUUGAAGGGAAGGUAUUCAGAGCAAGGAGGACAACGAUGCAGCAGCGGUCUCAUUUUGCACUGAUGACGGAUGAAAGGCUCAGCGAGACUAUGGAUAAAAUGCGAAGAGAAGCACAGCGCUUCCUAAGUUUCAUACCCCUGAAGGAACCACGGUCAGAGGAGGUCACCAUUCUCUCAAAAGAUGAUGAUAUCAAGGCAUUUGACAACUCUAAAUUCGUUUUCACAGAUAUCACAUUCGAUGCUACUGAUCAGGAUAGAACUGUCGUAGUUCGUGAGGUUGAUGGCACUCUUCGUACAGCAACUCCAGAAGAACAUGACAGAAUGAAUCGUGUAUACUAUGAAAAGCCAAAUCGACCAGUGUUUCCUCCGCCGGUUUUCAAAGAUCCCUAUUUGCAGGAUGCACUUGCUCGAAAAGAGCACGAGUUCGUUCUGGAUUGGGCUUGUUGGUUUUACGAACCGGAUGACCCGGCAUAUGUGAAUCUUGUUCAAUGUGUAUGUGAUCGUACUGUCGACAAUAACGAUUUUGAAGUUCUACAUUCAACACGACAUUUUGCGACAUUGGUUUUCUAUCUAGCACUGAAUGGAAAUAUUCCACCUCUCCUUAAUUAUUUUGGUGGUCAAGGAAGAAUUCGUGACUGUGCCAAUCUGGUCAGACUCCAAAAAAGAUUGCUUCCUAACUGGAGAUUCGCUAUUAGCACCUCCGAUACAGACUUGAAAAUAGUUACGGAUUUCGUAAAACAGAACAGUAGGUUUCAUGAAGCGCUCAAGGAUCUGAUCGCGUUCCUAAAAGAUGGCGUUAUCCUUUCUAGGGCGUCACCUAAAGUUGGUUCGUCCUUUAGUGCAAAAGCUGUUCCGAAGGUUCAUAUAUCUUCAUUACUGAUAUCAGCUUUUUACUCCUGA